AUGAAUAGUCUUUUAGCAAAAACGCCGAAUGGUAAUGCCUCCGAUUACGGAGGGAGCGGCUUGUUUUCCCAUACAAUAACCAACUCUAGAGUUUUUGGAACUCAACAACAACCCUCUUUUGUGCCAGUGGAAACACCUGGCCCAAGUCUUCUGUUAGCCGUCCGAAUUAUGGAUGGGCUUUUUGUUGGAAAUUCUAUUGCAGCCCAAGAUGAUGAAUUUCUGUUUUCAAACAAAGUCAGUCAUAUUGUAAAUUGUGCCGGAUUGGAGGCAGCAAACAUUUUCGCAGAGCACGGAGUCGAGUAUUUGACUUUUCCAUGGAGGGAUGUUCCAACUACAGUACUUCUGGACAGUAGAGAUAGAAAUAUUACACGAGUUUCAAAUUUUAUAGACCAAGCAUUUGAAAAAGGAGAAUGUGUGCUGGUUCAAUCACUCCACGGAAAUUCGAGAUCAUGUGUUAUUAUUGCUGCAUACUUUAUUUACAAAUAUGGAUGGUCUCUGGAAAGUACUCUGGCCUUCAUGCAAGUAGCUCAUCCAGACAUGCGAAUUAAGAACUACUUUUGCGACAGCUGA